CACCGAAUGACACGGAACGGCGCUCGGGUCCACUGCUGCGCACCGCCGUGCAGCCAAUCGCCGCGCGGCCCUUGCUGCUCGCGCCAAACCACGUGUCCGUGUUGCGUGCGCAGUGAUGCCAGGCUCCCUUGGGGCUGGGGAUCUGGUGCCGUUGCCUUCCCCCAGCCUCCAUCGCACCCCGACAACAACCCACGGUGAGACCCGCUGUGCAGCAGAUCCGAUAUCGGAUUUUUUGGGGGGAGGGCGUCGACCUGUGGGCUUGCUAUAUCCCGCUGCACCGAUCCUCACUCUCCCCCAUCCACUUUCCUUUCACUGUCGCCAGAGCCAUGCCGCAUCCCGAGUCGGCGCGCUGGAUCAACUCCAUCUCGAGAAACCUCCCGGUCUACCAGAUCUUCGCUGCCAACACCGAUGUCGGCAAGACCAUUUGCUCAACGGCGCUGACCAAGUCAGCCCUGGCUCUGAAUCGCCAGGCCUUCUAUCUAAAGCCGAUCCAGACCGGAUUCCCGCGGGACUCGGACGCCAGACAUGUCAAGAUGUUCUGCUCCGGCGCAGAAACCGCCACUCUAUACACCUACAACGAACCAGCCAGUCCCCAUUUGACCGCUAUCUGGGAAAACAAGCCCAUCUCGGAUUCGCAGCUGCUUGAGUCGGUCCAGAAGUUCCUGAAUGAUGUAUCGGCCCAAACGGCAUCCAGGUCACCGUUCGUCAUCGUAGAAACAGCCGGCGGCGUCAACAGUCCGUCGACCUCUGGCAACUUGCAGUCCGAUGUCUAUCGUCCGCUGCGACUGCCCAUUGUCCUGAUCGGCGACUCGGCGCUCGGCGGGAUCUCAACAACCCUUUCUUCAUACGAAGCCCUUGUGAUGCGUGGAUACACCGUCUCGUCCGUUCUCAUGUUCGACAACAAACAGUACAAGAACCACGACAUCAUCGCUCGCAAUGUCGAUGCUCCUGUCGAUCUGCUCGCAAUCCCGCCAGAGAAGGAAAAGGAGCAUCUGCACGAUGCCACCAACAUGAUGGUUUAUUACGAAACGGCCGCUCAGCGAUUGGGGCCCAUGGUCUCGCGGCUGAUCGACGAGCACGACAAGCGCAUCCAGGAAUUGGAGGGCAUGGCGGAGCGCGGCAAGCGGUCCAUUUGGUGGCCUUUCACCCAGCAUGGCCUCGUUCGAGAGACCACCGUCAUCGACUCGGCCUAUGGCGACUACUACACGACGCUCAAGCAGCCCUCGUCGGCUGUUUCUGUCGCAGGCACACCCUCGGCAGCAUCUGUGCAGCUCUUUGAUGCCUGUGCCAGUUGGUGGACGCAGGCUCUCGGCCACGGCAACCCCAAAUUGGCUUUGGCUGCCGCCCAUGCUGCCGGUCGAUACGGCCACCUCAUCUUCCCAGAGGUUGUCCAUCGCCCGGCGCUGGAGCUGGCCGAAAAGCUGCUGAAACAGCUUGGCGACUCGUGGGCCACACGCGUCUUUUACACCGACAACGGCAGCACCGGCAUGGAGGUUGCCCUCAAGAUGGCCUUCAAGACCUUUGAGAAGCGCCAAGCCAAGCUGCUGGGAGAGGACCCUGCUGCGGCGCCCACCAACAAAGCUCUCGAGGUCAUUGGCAUCAAGGGUGCAUAUCACGGCGACACCAUUGGCGCUAUGGAUGCCGCGGACCAGAGCGUCUUCAACGACAAGGUCAACUGGUACAAGGGUCGCGGCUUCUGGUUUGACCCUCCCACGGUCGUUCUCAAGAACGGCGAGUAUCUCGUGCGGCUUCCUGAGUGCAUCAAGAAUGCAGGCACGCCCGAAAUCGCCGCCGAUCUCGUCCUUCCAACCCGAGACAACGUCUUCUCGACUCUGCGCGAUGGUUCGGCUCUGGCUCGGCUGUAUCGAGAACACAUCUCCGCGCGCCUCGCCAGCGCUAUCGAGUCCGGCCACCAGUUCGGUGCCCUCACCCUGGAGCCCGUGCUCCUCGGCGCCGGUGGCAUGCAGUGGAUCGAUCCUCUGUUCCAGCGUGUCUUGGUCGAGUCGGUGCGCGCGCUGCCAAAGACCCAUAGGCAUGCUGCUGUGCCCGUUGUGUUUGAUGAGGUGUUUACGGGCCUGUAUCGCCUCGGCUAUCCCUCGGCUGCCCGCGAGCUGCUCCAGACUCAGCCUGACAUUGCCGUCUAUGCCAAGAGCCUGACCGGCGGUGUGACUCCGCUGUGCGUCAAUCUGACGUCCGAGGAAGUUUACCUGAGCUUCCUUGGUGACGAGAAGCUCGAAGCUCUCCUUCAUGGCCAUAGCUACACGGCCUAUCCCGUUGGAUGCGAGCUCGGGACGCGCUCGCUGGAUCUUCUCGAAGACCUCUACAAACGUGGAGCCAUCCGCGACACCUGGAGUGAGAAGGAAUGUCUGGCCAUAUCGCGACUUCCAAACGUCGACGGCGUUGUUUCACUCGGUACCGUUCUGGCGGUGGAACUCGCUGCCGAGGAUGGAAAGGGAUACGGCUCUUGCUCUGCCCAAGCUAUCGUGGAAUCGCUUCGGACCGAGCACAACGUCUACGCCCGUCCCCUCGGCAACGUUGUGUAUUUCAUGUCGUCUCAUGUCACGCCUCAACAGGAUGCCAAUCGCGUGAUUGAAACCGUUCGAGCCCUGAUCCAGUCUCCGCCCAUCGGAGACCCGUCACCCCGACGAUCGACGCAGGAGGCAGCCCGGCUUCCAUGAUCGCUCAAUUGCUCGUCAUGAGCAGCCGAUUCGCGACGUCACGGUAUCGCGCGGCACGUCAUGCACGUCUGGAAUACAAAGAACAGAAAUAACUUUGCGGUUACUAUCUUGA